AUGGAUUCUAAGGAACAACAGCACGAUCCAGAUUUUUUGACACUCCGCGAAGACAGCAAUAGGCUACACGCCUCGCCGGGCGCAUUGUCUUCAGAGCAAGGGCAAGAUGGGUCGCAGCUCCCUCCUCCGCCAAAUGGGGGUUCCAUGGCUUGGCUACAGGUUGCUGGCGCCUGGACGAUCAUGUUCAACGUUCUUGGCCUGCUCAACACGUAUGGCCAGUUUCAAACCAUCUACGAGACCGACCUUCUCAAGACCGAAUCUGCCUCGACAAUCGCAUGGAUUGGUUCCGCCCAGUUCCUCGUUUGUUACUCCGUCUGCAUUUUCACCGGCCCGCUUCUGGAUACGGGACACCUUCAUCUCCUGCUCGGUAUUGGGACCGUCGUCACUGUCUUCGGUUUAAUGAUGGUCAGCUUGUGUCAUUCAUUCUACCAGUUCUUUUUGGCCCAGACCAUCGUGACUGGCAUUGGCUUUGGUCUUACAUUCUUGCCAGCUUCGUCGGUCGUGUCGCAGUGGUUUUCUACUCGCACUCCUCUUGCAAUUGGAAUCUCCGUCACCGGAUCAAGUAUUGGUGCCGUCAUUUACCCCAUUAUGCUUCAACGGCUUACGGCACAGAUUGGAUUUCCAUGGACGGUACGAAUCAUGGGCUUCAUCGUGCUCGGUACCAUGUUCUUCGCCAUUGCUGUGAUGCGAGUCCGAGUUGAAAAGAAUGCGCGAAAGAGGAAAGUAAUCGAUCUCAGACAUUUCAAGGACAAGCUCUACCUUGUUGCUUGUCUGAGCUUCUUCGUCAGUUUCCUGGGACUCUACGUCUUCUACUACUUUAUUUCCCUCUACGCGACCGAAGUGGCCGGUGCCAACGAGAAUCUCGCCAAUUACAUGCUGCCCAUUCUGAACGCCGGAUCAUUUUUAGGCCGUCUAAUUCCCAACUGGCUCGCCGGACGCUAUGGACUCAUGAAUGUGCAGAUUAUCUUUGGGGUGAUUUCUGCUGGCUUGGCUUUUGCUCUCUUGGGCAUCAAGACCCCCGGUGGGGUCAUUGCGUUUGCCGUCGUCUAUGGCUUCGUCUCCGCCCCUUACGUCUCUCUUCCGAUCCCGAUCGUGACGAGCCUAUCUCCCGAUAAGAGUGUCUGGGCUACACGACUGGGAAUGAGCUUUGCCAUCAUUGGCCUCGGCGCACUCAUUGGCAGCCCCGUCGCGGGUGCCAUUCUCGGAGACAGCAGUAACGGGAACUGGAGCGGUCUGAUCGUGUGGUGCGGAGUCAUGUUCUUCACUUCCGCCGCCAUUCUCCUUACCGUGCGCACUAUGAAAGUAGGAUUCAAGCUCUUUGUGAAAGUGUGA